AUGAAUUCUUCGACACUGUUAGUAUCGAUAGGAAAAGACUCGCGUGAAGAAAUCAGGUUGAAAAUUCCGAUGGAUUAUAACGACUCAGACGGCGGAAAUCGUGAAACUAGUCCGGUGGUUAAUUCCCGAGCAGCUAGAAGGUCAACAAUUGGAGAAGAUUAUUAUACAUGGGGACAAGCAAGAGAAAGCUUCGCUGCAACUGGCAACAAUCUCGCACUUUUUGAUGAACCAAGCGCAUAUUUCAUAAGUACACAUCUUAAAGGUUUUACGACACCCGGACCGUUAGAAAGAGAGCAGAGCCAAAAAAAGAAGGCUGAUUUAGGAGUUAUGUUAGGCGUUUAUUUGCCAACAAUUCAACACAUUCUUGGAGUAACGAUGUUUAUACGUUUAUUUUGGGUGGUUGGAAUGGCAGGAAUUGCACAGACAUUUUUUCUUCUCUUUCUUUGUUGCUUUUGUACAUUUCUGACUUGUAUAAGUCUAUCAGCGGUAGCCACUAAUGGAACUGUGGAAAGUGGUGGAGCUUAUUUUAUGAUAUCGCGAAAUCUUGGUCCGGAGUUCGGUUCUGCUGUUGGAAUUCUUUUCUAUCUCGCUAAUACUGUUGCUGUGUCAAUGUAUCUUGUUGGUGGCGUUGAAAUAAUCUUGUUAUAUAUUUUCCCGGAUUUGACCAUUGGCGGAAGUUCAGUACACUCUGAUACAGGUCCAAUGGGAAUGAUGUCUCACAAUCUUCGAAUUUAUGCAACCGUUCUGCUUCUCAUUGAAUUCGUUAUUGUGGCUAUGGGUGUUCGAUUUGUCCAACUUUUUGCUCCAAUAUCAUUACUGUGCGUAAUUGUAUCGAUUUUGGCAGUUUAUGCUGGAGGAAUAGAAAAGACAAUCAAUCCUUCAAGUGGUUCAAGAGUAUGUAUGCUUGGUAAUCAUUUAUUGCAAGCAAAAGUAGUUCUUCCAUCAAACGCUUCGAUUUCCGAUUUAUGUUUUUAUUGCAAUGCUUCAUCCAGUUUACAAAAGGCUUUUUGUAAUGACAACAGUUGUUCCGAUUUAUUCAAGAACAAUCGUCCUCGAUGCGUUAACGGUUAUCCUGGAUUUGGGAGCAGUGCCUUUUUAGAAGGUGAAUACUUGUAUGGAAGUGAAGCGAAUAAGAAAGUGGAAGUAUUUCAGGAUGUGACGACGACAUUUUUUGUUCUGUUAGCAAUUUAUUUUCCUGCUGUAACUGGGAUUCUUACGGGUGCAAAUAUGAGUGGAGACUUAAAGAAUCCGCAGUCAUCUAUUCCGUGUGGUACUAUAGCUGCUCAACUUACGACGUCAUUCGUUUAUUUUUCAUUGGCUUUCGUAUUUGGUGCAACAAUCGACGGUUUUUUAUUGCGUGACAAAUAUGGGAAAUCAUUGGGUGGUGGAAUGAUUGUAGCGAAUUUAGCGUGGCCUAGUCCGUGGGUUUUACUUGUUGGAUCAUUUACUUCAACAUUUGGUGCCGCACUUCAAUGUCUUUGCAGUGCACCUCGACUUCUUCAAUCAAUUGCUAAGGAUGAUGUGAUUCCAGCGCUGAAAAUAUUCGCAACAGUUACAAAAAAUAAUGAACCCUUUACUGGUUUAAUAUUAACCACUAUGAUCGCUGAAUUAGCUAUUUUAAUGGGUGCUAUGGAUCAAAUUGCUGCAGUAGUGGAUUUCUUCUUUCUUAUGUGUUAUGCAUUUGUUAAUCUUAUUUGCGCACUGCAUUCAAUUUUGGGUGCACCGAAUUGGCGACCACGUCAUUAUCAUUACUUGGUGCUGCUCUUUGCUUUUUUAUUAUGUUUAGUACACACUGGGAUUAUGCCAUUCUAUCUUGCUUAUUGUGUUGUAUUAUUUACAAAUAUAGCGAAAAAGGAAUGGGGCGAUGGUUUUCGCGGUCUCGCAUUAACUACCGCACAAUAUUCGCUAAUGAAAAUUGAUGAGAAAGAUCCACAUCCAAAGAAUUUUAGGCCACAAAUAUUAUUACUUUUAUCAAUCCCUUGGUCAAAGGAUUUGGUUGAUGUUCGCUACCAAAGGUUGUUAAAUCUAUCUUCUCAGUUAAAAGCGAGUCGAGGUUUAACAGUUGUUGUUGCUUUAAUUCGUGGUAAUCCUUUAAGUGUUUUGGAUCAAAAAAAUGCUGAUGAGAUCAAAAAAAGAAUUGAGUUCGAUAUGCAUCAGUUGCGCUUAAAGGGUUUUGCUAAAUCUAUUAUAUAUGGUGAAAGUCAGAUUGGCGGUUGUGUAUCAACCAUAAUUCAAAGUGUUGGCAUGGGUGGUCUUCGUCCUAACACGUUAUUACUUUCAUGGCCCAAAGAAAAAUCAGCUUCUGAUUCAGUCGAUUCAGAAUAUCAAACUUUCACCGAUAAAUUACAUGCUGGUGUAGCAAUGGAGAUGUGCUUGCUUGUUGCAAAAGGUAUAACAGAUUUUCCUAUGGCAGGAAUGCGUCUAACAGGGACGAUGGAUGUUUACUGGAUAGUCCAGGAUGGCGGGCUUUGCGUACUUGUCUCUUAUUUAUUGGGACAAAGCAAAAUUUGGCGAGGUUGUAAAUUACGUAUCAUCGCUGUUGCCCAAGAAAUGGACAAUAAUAAUAAAAUGCAAGCUGAUUUACAAAAUUAUCUUUAUCAGCUCCGUGUAGACGCUAGAAUCCUUAUUGUUGAGUUGUCUGAUCCUAAAAUCUCAAAAGAUGCAUUCGAACGAACUCUUUUAAUGGAAGAAAGAUCAAAACUUCAAGCAGCAAUGCAAGAACAAAAGCUCAAAACGCAAAAUUUGUAUGAUAGUGUUGAAUCAAAAUUUGGAAUAACGGAUGGUGAAAAUGGUAUUGAUGAGGAAUUAGCUGGAAACAAGAGAACAGAUAAUUAUGUGGAAGGAAAGAAGAUUCACAAAGUUCUAAAAAUGCAUACCGCUGUUAGGUUGAAUGAAAUAAUACUUGAGCAUUCUGCUGAUAGCCAACUCAUUCUUCUUAACCUUCCGAAACCACCAGUUGGACGAGAAGGACUUGAUGAUUAUAUGCAUUAUUUGCAAGUUCUUUCUGAUGGAAUCAGUCGAAUUUUAUUCGUAAGAGGAACGGGUAAAGAAGUGAUAACGACAAGCAUUCCUGUGUGA